AUGAACAAUAAAAAUGUGUUAGUUUCUGGCCAACGGUUGCGGCUGGUGCCUUACUUGCACCACCAUGUGCCCCGCUACCACUGCUGGAUGAGCGACCCCAAAAUGUUGGAACUCACAGCCAGUGAACCACUGACGCUGCAGGAGGAGUAUGAAAAUCAGCAGGAGUGGCUCUGCGCAGAGGACAAACUUACGUUCAUUAUUCUUGCCCCAGUCUCUGUACGACAGGGUGAGAUGGAGGUUCAUGAAGGGGUUUGUGGGAAGUGUAGUGCCACAGCAGAGGAAAAUGUGGAAGGCGGUAAGAAAAUACUUCACUCAUCCACCGGUGGUGCCAGUCAGCAUAGCAAAAUACCGGUGGACGCGGCGACAGCAUUAACGACACGAGAUGGUGAGGAGGGGCUGUAUGUUAUGAUUGGUGACUGCAAUCUUUUCCUUCUUAGCAGUGGUGAGGGUGAAAUGGAGGGCGAUGGGAGCACUGACAGCACAGUUGACACUGCUUUUCAUAUUUUAAGCAGUGAUAAAAUAAGCAGUGUGGAACCCACCACAACAAAUCCAACGGCGGCAGAUUGCGGGCGUUGUUUCGAAGUGGAGGCGAUGAUCGCGGAAGGGAACUUUCGGCGCCGCGGGUUCGGUGAGGAGGCUGUGAGACUUCUUAUGAGUUACGCACUUGACAAGCUUCGGGCCUCCCGUUUUGUUGCUAAGGUGCGUGCGAACAACUUCUCUAGCAUCCAACUCUUCACAUCGAAACUGGGGUUCACUUUACUGAAGGAAGUCCCUGUGUUCGGGGAGAUUCACUACAUAAAGUUUUUCAUUGACUCGGAUGGGGAGUCAUGGAAGGAGGAGGCUGGUUAUUUGAUUGGAACGUAUGACGAGUCAGUGGAGCGAAAGUUACGCAUCACAAACUUAGUUCCUGAAAACGAGCAGACGUAA